CCUACAUGAAUGGGGGGUGAAACCAGUUUUGCAACUCGACGUGUGCCUGCUGUUAACAGUACAAAGAAAGGAGGGAGUGAAUUGAGUGCUAGGGGAACUAGAGGGGGAUUGGAGCAAACACAAAUAUUUGCUUUAGCUCUGAGUGCUUCAGAUAUGUUCGUCGAGCUGUGGUCGCUGAUUCUGACUGCAUACGGACUAUUCUGGAGUCUGUUGCCCUGUUCUCCCCCUGAAGUCCUGUCCGUUCAUGACGUCAACACCCAGCAGUAUGUCGGUACGUGGUAUUUCAUCACGGCAGCCGGGUCUCGAGUGUCUGACAUAAGCCAGUUUACCUCAAUGGACAGUACCGUCUUCAACCUCCAGGAGACGAGAGAGAACGGCACGCUCCUCUUGACUGGGGCCAUUCGCAUUGGAGACAGCUGCCUCUCCAGGAUGUGGAUCUAUCACCUAGAUGCCAAUAAGGACUACCUGGAUUUGGAAGGUCACCCCGACAGACGAACCUCACUGUGGAGCGGAAAGUGGCUAAACUGCCCCACCUGCGUGCUCCUGUUGGAGAAAGACCUGGGGCACAUCAACGACAAUAUGAGCCGAGUCAUGCUGUAUGCUCGCAAUGGGUCUCUCAGUGCCAGUGUGGUGAACGACUUCCGAUCUAAAAUGUCCUGCCUGGGUGUGACUGAAUUUUACUCCCUACCCCAGGAGAGAGAAUAUUGCCAACACAACGGAACAGCAUCAGCCUAACAGUUGGGUUCAGAGAUCCAGAAAUGGACACAGCUGGCUGUCUUUCCCCAGACCAUGGACACCUGGUCCGGAAAUCUCACGUUCCCGUUUCGGGGUUUUGCAGGCUGGUGGACACAGAGUGGCAGGACAGAGAGGCAGAAGCCAGGUCCCAACCCGAGUGAGAGAGGGCCGUACGAAAACAACCCCCAAAUAAACAGCCCAUUAAAAGCA